AUGAAGCUCACAACCCUCAUCGUGGCCGCUCUUUCUGCUAGUCUGGCUUUAGCUCGUCCCUACGACAAUCGACUUGCAGACAAACCCUCGUCUCUCAAUGGAAACACUCCGUCCAACGACCUUGUUGAAAUCAAACACGGCAACGAGAAUAACACAGCUCUCUGCGCCUUCGAAACGUUUGCUUUUCGUCCGGGCUCCGAUCCUAUGCUCCAGUAUCAUCAGUGGUAUAUAUGGGCCAACGGCCCUUGGGAUCUUCUAGCCACAGAAAGAUACGACGACGCUGGACACGCACUGAAAUAUGGUACAGCCUUCAAAGAAAAGCUCCAUGCCAAAUGCGGUUGGGUAGAUGAUUUCCAGUUCCAGUACGGAAACUCUACUAUACAAGAGUGGAAUAAUUCAAAGUAUUCCAAUGGCGAGGCGCUGAUAUCAUUUAUAACCCUGGUUCCUACGUGGCAUCAUUGCGUCAACGGGGGUAUUGCGGAGUUUACCAGAGACCAUGGUGGACUUGCCAAUAACGGAAGAGCAAAGGGCGGGAAUUGUCACUAUAUCACGGAGGGAUAUAGAGACCUUCAGCAAAUCAAAGACAGGGCUUGGGAAUGGGACCUCCUCGAUCAUUGA